UCUGCACAAGCUUGAUGACCUCCUGAACAUGGCAUGAAAGAAAGAAAGAAAGAAAGAUAGAUAGAUAGAUAGAUAGAUAGAUAGAUAGAUAGAUAGAUAGAUAGAUAGAUAGAUAGAUAGAUAGAUAGAUAUAUGUCAUUUCUACUGGAUCAGUUCUCACAGAAAUGCAUCAGAGAAUGGUUGGAAUAUGAAGAGGAGAGGAAAACAGUAAGAAAGGAAGUGGAAAAGGAAAAACAACAGGAAAUCAUCUCAUUUGAACAGCAUUUCUGCAAAGCUUCCAGAGAUACAGUCGCUCUCUAGAAAGCUUUGUGUCAUAACUUUCCAUCCAGAUUCUACUCAUCUCAAUUCAUGGUCUGUACAAGGGCAAGAGGGAGGAGGAACCCUGAUGAUGAAGUGACGUUGGGCGUUUACCGAGCUCCAGAAUUUUUCUCCCACACCAGCUCUUUUGGUGCCUCAGUCAAGAUGUGAGCAAAUGAUUCUUUUGUUUGACACUGUGGACUUCCUGAUUUGGGGGUUUUCUUUUUUGUAAUUUUCUGACCACAACUUCCCCCUUCCCAUCCCAUAUGCCGUGGGGCCAAUGGUUGAUUCUAAGGUGUGUUUACUCUGAUCUGAUAAGUUACUAAAGCCUGAUGAAGAAUAAGGCUGCCAAGCUGAAGUCCAAAAGGAAAGGAACUGAAAAUGCAUUCGGCUGUGACUUGACUGAACAUCUGCAGAAUUCAGGACAAGACGUUCCUCAGGUUCUAAAGACUUGUGCAGAGUUCAUAGAGAAACAUGGGAUUGUGGAUGGAAUCUACAGACUCUCGGGAAUCACAUCUAACAUUCAGAGACUGAGACAGGAGUUUUGCUCCGAGCUCUGUCCUGACCUCACUAAAGAAGUGUAUAUUCAAGAUAUCCACUGUGUUGGCUCUUUAUGUAAGCUGUACUUCAGAGAGCUGCCCAACCCUCUGCUUACUUAUGAACUCUACAAGAAAUUUACGGAUGCAGUAUCAGUUAAAGAGGAACAGGAACAACUCCGAAACAUUAAGAGUGUCAUUAAAGAACUGCCCGGUCCUCACUUCAGAACUCUGGAAUACCUCACCAAACAUCUUGCUAAUUUGGCUACUCUCAGUCACCAGACCAACAUGCACGCACGCAACCUUGCCCUGGUUUGGGCUCCAAAUCUCCUUCGAUCAAAGGAAGUGGAGGUGCCCUCGUGCAAUGGUGAUGUAGCAUUUUUGGAGGUGCGAGUCCAGCAGUUGGUUGUGGAGUUCAUUCUCAACCACACUGAGCAGAUCUUCAACCAUAACAUUCAAGCCUCCAAGCCCAGAGAAGGCUCUAGUGUGGCCUGUGGGGAGAAGUACGCCACCUUGCCUGCCACCACACAGUGCGGCCCCAUGAAGCUUAUGAGUCUGGAGGAAGCACAAGCGCGCUCGCUCAGUCCCAACCAUCCAAUGAUGAGAGAGAGGCAGAGAGAGAACAGCCUACCCGACACCAGCACUGCAGCAAUGUACCAUACAGUCAUAGAUCUGUCUGACAGCAGAAGAAAAUUCUCAGGAAAAUCGAAGAAGUGGAAGUCAAUCUUCAGUCUCGGACGAUCUGUCAUUGACUCCAAAGGGAAACUGAGCCGCAAUGGGAGUGUGUUUAUGAGAGGCGAAAAUAUCACAGAAAAACCUGCUAUACGGCCAUCCAAAAGCAUGGACUCUCUCUGUUCUUCUCCAGCAGAUGAGAACAAGUUACCCAUUGCGGGAGGAAGCAAUGGAAUCUUUGUCCCAAGUCUAAAAUCCCGAACCCUGGGCUCAGACAUCAACUACAACUUGAACAAUAAAGAUCAAAAUUGGGAGUUUGAACAGGAUACAGCUUCUGAAGGAUGUCAAGGACAUCAUAGAGCACCAAAUGCCUCUUCCAUAUCUCUGGCUUCAUCAUCAUCUUUGCAGAAGAUUCUUCCAGAACAGUUGAAAGUUUUCAAAGGUGAUGACUGCAGCGGCUGCCAGCCCACAUCUCCUAAAAACCGCCGGAUGUUGUAUUCUGGAUCUGCCAAUAAUGGAUCAUCUAGACCAUCUUUUCCAGGCAGCCUGUUUCCACUGGAGUCCUCGCCACGGCACCAACGGAAGGCCCUCAAUAUUUCCGAGCCGUUCGCCGUGUCUGUUCCUCUGCGCGUGUCUGCCGUUAUUAACUCUAACAGCACCCCCUGCAGGGCACCAGGGAAAGAACGGGACAGGGGUUUAGGGGGAAUCUUCAAGCCCACAAGAGAGGCUGGACCUCUGGAACCCCAUCGCUGCGACAGUUUCAGCAGUGCUGGAAUCAGGAUUCCCAUCAGUAGCAGCAGUGGGAACAUUGGGUUCACAGACUGGGAGAUUGGACUGGGGGGUGCUAGGUACAGAGACCACCCACUCGGUGACAGCAUCAGAGGCAGUAUCUAUAGAUACAGUAGCUCUUUGCCUGUGGAAAAUGAGGAGACUCAGACUGGGGAACGAGAUAUUACUGAUGCAAUCACUCUCGGGACAACAGAGAGUAUGACCAUUGUAGAGUGCAAGGAUGCAGAAGUGAGAGAGCUGAUUGCCAGAGGGGAGAAUUCUGAGUCUCAGGUGCCAUCUGAGACAAAAGCAAUAAUUGAUUACAAAGGAAAGUCUCAGUCUUCUGGGGAAGAACUGGAAACUAAAUCAACACAAGAUAUUACAAAAUUGGACAAGCUGGACACUGUGGUAUCAUCAUCUGGCACACAUCAGAAUAUCAGUACUCAGUUAAUAUCAGUUAAUGUCACUGAGACUAAAACAAACAUGCUAGAUGAACAAGUGAAGCCCAGCUUCACCAAUAUUACUGGAAAUGAGCACACUCUCAAGCCAAGUGCUCAAGCAAGGAGAAGUAGUUUACCCUCAAGCACUAUAUCAUCAAAGGGACUCAUUCUGGACCUUACCAAAGACUUCACGCUUGUUCAGUCUGGUGCUACUAUGUUUAAUUCUAUUGUGAAGCCUUUCCCUGAAAGGCUGUUGUCAUGUGAUGGUGGCUGGAAUUACAUGGAUAUUGACAGGAAUGACCAAAAGAGCAAUGAGUCACACAACGCAAUACCAAACAAUCUACAACUUUCCCCAUUUUUCCAACUGAAAGAAACAGAUAUUCUCCAAGAUGCAGACCCAUGGCCUUCCAGUGAAGAAGAGCUAAGACCAGAUUGUACGAACAAAGACAACACUUCCAAAAGUGUCUUGACAUCUAAUUCAAGCAGUGAUGUAAAAUCAGAUGUUCACACUGCUCUUCUCUCAGACAUAAACAAACCACUGGUAAUGAAGGAUAUUUCGGAAAAGAAAAAUGAGGCAGUUCAGCAUGAAACUAGGAAACUUGACUUAACAGGAGGAAUCAAGAGAAGCUUGGAAAGACUCUCAGCAUGUCUGAAUGAACAACAUCUCACUUUGGAAAUUUUGUAUCAAGAUGAUGCAGACAGAUGGGGAAGUAAUUUGGGUAGGUUGGAUCAGGUUGAACCAUGGGAGGACUUGUGUACUGCCAAGCAAUGGGUGACCAGCCCUCUGCACUCACCAAAAUCUGAGGAUCUCUUAUCCACGCUGGGAGAGAAUACACCAUGUCAAGAAAUUCAGAGCAAAAUUAUUAGUAAACCAAAAGUGGAUCACCUGUCUAAUAGCAAGGUGGCUGAAGCUAAAGAACCAGCUGUGGGCAAUGACCUUACAUCAUCUCAAACAGAUGUUGCUGUGACAGCUGCCUGUGAACUUGAUAAAUCUGACCUCCGAACAGACAACAAAAAUAAAGACAAAGAUGUACCUUGUUUUGCACAGAUAACAAAGCUUUUUGACAGUAGUAACCUCAAAUGGACUGAAGACAAAGAUCACAGCCAACUAAAGAUUCCACAGGUCAAGGUAUUCAAGACAUCCAUUGAUCCAAAUGAGACCACUGCACUGCAAAACAUGGGCAAAGCAAAACCGAAACGCUCUUGUUCCACUCAGAAAUAUAAUCGCCAGACGUCACAUGAGUCCUGCAUUGUGGCAAGAAGUAAUGAAAGCAUUAUACCCAAACACAGGCCAUGCUCCCUAAACCUUGAUUUAGGACACAUCGGUGUCAGAGAUAUAUCUAAUAGUCAAUAUCUGAAAAGUACACAACAAUUAAUUGCACAGGAAGGGGGAACACCUGAAGUCAAGAAUGGUGGUUCAUCUCUAGAGUUGGAGCAGUUCCUGAGUGGUUCUCAGGUACCUUUGCGACGCAACUCUGCGCCAGUAAGUGUGUCUUCAGUUCGUACUGCAUUCAUGAUCAAAACCUGCCAAGCUAAAGCUGUGCCUGUUAUUCCACCCAAAAUCCAGUACAGCCACAUACCUCAUCCUUUACCCGAGGGGAGAACUGAUCAAUUCAAAAAAGGUACAUCGGAAAAGACACCUGCCAAAAACAAGUUGGGAAAAGCAGGUUCUGCACCUCUCCUUCAGAAAGUCCGAGAUCCAAAAGAGGAGCAGGAAAUUUAUGAACCGCAAAGAGGGGUUCAAAGACAAACAUUCAAGGACAAUGAAAGUGAGACCUGCAAACCAACAUCAAUCCCGAAUCGUCCAGUAUUGAGACGGAAGCGAUCUGCAAAUGGGGACACAUUUAUGGACCGUCCUAGACCUGAACGGUCGACCCUGCUUCAAAGGUCAUCCUUCAGAAACCGUCCAAGGCCUCAAAGCCUCAUCCUGUUUAGCCCCCCAUUUCCAAUCAUGGACUAUCCUCCAGUAGGGGAUGAUGGUAAACUAGUCCUAUCUCCUAUUAAAGCUGAAUCAUCACCGUUUGAUGUCUAUGCAAAUGAACUUGCUGAAAAUCUCAAAUCUCCUGAGGGGGUGACUAUGCGUAAUAAAAUGACUUUGCCGAAGAGUGGCCAGAGGCUUGAGACCUCAACGAGUUGCUUCUACCAGCCACAGCGGAGGUCAAUGAUAUUUGACAACAGAAGUAACAGGCAAAAUGAGUGACCUUUUAAAAUGACUGACUUUUGUCCAUCAUUUGAUGUCUAGUGAUUCUUUGGGUUAUCAAAUGUAACCUAGUAUCAUUAUUACAAUAUUCUCAACAGAACACACAAUGAUGCUUGGAAAUCAAGGUGCCAUUAAUCCUGAUAAUGCAGAAUUGUAAUUAUUAUGCUUUGUGUAAAAUAUUGCUGCUAAGGAUUUAUAUAAAAAAUACACUGGCAGCCAAAUGUUUGGAAUAAUGUACAGAUUUUGCUUGUAUGUAUAGAAAUUGGUACUUUAAUCCUCCAAAGUGGCAUUCAACUGAUCACAAUGUAUAGUCAGAACAUUAAUUAUGUGAAAAAUUAUUUGAACAAUUUGAAAAAUAUGUUCAUAACUUCUUAAACUACUUCAAAGUGUUCUUAUAAACAAAUCUUCCAUGUGCAGCAAUGACAGCUUUGUAGAUCCUUGGCAUUCUAGCUAUCAGUUUGUCCAGAUACUCAGGUGACAUUUCAACUCACACUUCUUGUUACACUUGCCAUAGAUGUGGCUGUCUUGUCAGGCACUUCUCAUGCACCUUACAGUCUUGAUGAUCCCACAAAAACUCAAUGGGGUUAAGAUCCAUAACACUCUUUUCCAAUGAUCUGUUGUCCAAUGUCUGUUUUUCUUUGCACACACUAACCUUUUUUUUUUGUUUCAAAGGUGGCUUUUUCUUUGUAAUUCUUCCCAUAAGGCCAGCACUCCUAAGUGUUCUCUUUACUAUUGUACAUGAAACUGGUGUUGAGCGGGUAGAAUUCAAUGAAGCUGUCAGCUGAGGACAUGUGAGGCAUCUAUUUCUCAAACUUGAGGCUCUGAUGUACUUAUCGUCUUGUUUAGUUGUAUCUGGGCCUUCCACGUCUCUUUCUGUCCUUGUUAGAGCCAGUUGUCCUUUGUCUGUGAAGACUGUAGUCUACACCUUUGUAUGAAAUCCUCAGUUUUUUGGCAAUUUCAAGCAUUGUUCAAAACAAUGAUUGACUGAUGACUUUCCCGAGAAAGCUUUUUUUUUGUGCUAUUUUUGACCUUAUAUUGAUCAUAAGACAUGCAUACUGUGGCAACUCAAACACAUAUUCAAAGACAAUGUUAACAAACCAAAUAGCGUUCAGCUGUGUUUGAUAUAAUGGCAAUUGAUUUUCUAGUACAAAAUUAGCAUGAUUACUCAAGGAUAAGGUAUUGGAGUGAUGGCUGCUGGAAAUGGGGCCUGUCUAGAUUUGAUCAAAAAUGACUUAUUUCAAAUCGUGAUGGUGCAGUUUUUUACAUCAGUAAUGUCCUGACUAUACUUUUUGAUCAGAUGAUUGCUACUUUGGUGAAUUAAAUGAUCAAUUUCCUUACGAAACAGCAAAAUCUGUACAUUAUUCCAAACAUUUGGCCGCCAGUGUAGUUUCCUAUCUUAAUUUGUAAAAAACAAUCCUGCCCUUAGGAGAACCCUCGGUGCAUAUUAGUAUGUACAGUUUGUACUUGCAUAUCUCAAUUUAACUGACCCACUUCCUACCCAUGUGGGUCAAUUUAAUUGACCCAUUCCCUACCCAUGUCUGUUGCUACUUUACCUUGCUUGGAACAUAUUAUGUUUACAAUCAGAGACAUGCACACUGUCAGAAAAAAGGGCAUUACCAUCAAAGGUAAAGUCAUUGUAUGAUUUUCAUGUCAUUCAAAAUGUAUUUGUACAUGAUCUGUCCCUAAAGGAUACAUACAGUAUUAGUACCUCAAGGAGUAAAAAGAUACAGUGGGUGAUCCUUUGGGUAUACUACACCAGUGGCAUGCUGUUGUACCCCUAAAGGUCAAAUUUUUGCAAUUUGUCUUUUCUGACAGUAUAUAGAGUAAAAUAUCAUCAAAUUAGGUGUCAAGCAAGCAAGCCAAUGGGAAAGGAAAACUACAGUAUUACAAUUGUAUUGUACAAAAGCCAACAAUCAAACACUUAUUUAUUCAAUAUUGUCUUGUAUUGUCAUUUCAUUUUGUAUACUCCAUUUCCAGUAUUGUAUGUAUAAAGAAAUGUAUUCAAACCCCUAAAGAGUAAAACUCAAUUUGUACAAAUAUUUAGGGUAAAUAGUUUAAAGAUCAAAGUUCUUAAAUAUUUCAAACAUUAUUUCUUUCUCUGUUCUUCUUUUUAGUAGAUACUCAUGAAUUUUCACAUCUCCUGGUUACUUGGUUAGCAGAGAUAUAUGAAAAAAUAGGAUGGGAUGGAUUUUGAAACUAGGCAGUGACUAAGGUAAAAGAUCAUGCAAGUUGUCAGUAAUUGUAACCAAAGAACACUAACCUUAUAAUCUGCUCUUUUUUUAUUAUUAUUAUUAAAAUGGAUUUAUUGUAUGUAUUCCUUCAAAACAAAAUAAUAAAAACUGC